GGCAAGAAUUUAUCCAGACCCCAGUAGCACGGACCCGGAAGAGUAAAAAAUAUCUAGAGAUGUAUCCCGAAUGAAUGCUAGUUCACAAUGGUGUGUUGAGCUUCUUGUACGAUCAACACAUCAACAGAGAGUAGCCGCUUCGAGUUCGUUGACAACUCGUCGCCUGCUAGAACGAUGCGGAUCGUAGCGUUGUAUUUGCUGGUUGCGACGGGGUGCAUACUGCGUGGUGUUUCAUCCUGCCAGGUAUUGUACAGCCGAUUGGGAAGCGCGGACAGCGAAAGCUUGCCGGACUGCGGCCUCUCAGCGAACAAUCCAUGUUCAACUAUUGCUCAAGCCCUGCAUGUCGCUAGAGCCACGGAGACCGCCUUUGGAUGCUGGGAGGUUCGGUUACUCGCUCCAUCAUCAGGGUACUACGGUUCACAAAUCGCCUGUGAACGUUUGUCCUGGGUAGAGAAUGUCACAGUGAAUGCAGAGGCUGCAGGAAUGCUGCCACUGCAGAACACAACAUGCUCCACAGCACAGCCACAAGUGCCUUGGCUUAGCAUAGUGAACAGCACGAAUGUAGAGGUUCAGUUCCUGGAUGUGCAGCUGGCUGGCUUCUACGGGUGGAGCGCUGUUUCGAUCGAGAUGUCUUACAACGUUUCCAUUGUGCACUCUCACUUCAAAAAUCCCCACCUCAAUACAACUGUCAUUUAUUGCAUGAACAGUAUAAUGGUUCAGGUCCUCGGCUGCUUCUUUCAGGGCGAGAAGAUCAAGAACCCGUUCACGGAAGGUGAAUUCGCCCUGCAAGAAACCAUUCCGCUGUACCGGCUUGCGGCAAUCGAAAGUAACAGGACGUGUGCCUUGGACUGUGCGUGUAGUGCUUCCAGAAAUGAGUUCGGCAAGGACUGUUGCUCCGGUCCUGCCGAGCUGUACGAGUGCGAGGACAGAACUAGCCUGAGUAUCGAGGAUAGCAGCUUCAGCGGACUGGGCAUAGAGCCGAUUCGCGGUGCGUACGUCAGUAGCCGUCCCUACGAGGAUGCAUCGGCCAUCAACAUGGCGGUGCUUGAAUCCACCGGAUUCCGAGGUUCCAUCAAGAAUUGCACGUUCUCCAACAACACAUCUCCGUUUGACUCCGUUGUGCUGCUAUUCUCGGCCGGGAGGAGCAUUGACACACAGUUUCUCAUUGCAGACAGUACGUUCAGCAACGGUUGGGGCUACGCCGGCGGUGGUAUAUACAAGUACACGCUGCCUGGAUCAUUGAACACCUCGCUGACCGUGUCCAGGUGCAGCUUUGUCAAUAACACGGCUUACGUGCAAGGCGGCGCCAUAGCUUUCUCCGAGAAUAGCCGUGCCACUGGCCGGUCACAACACCUGAAUGAAGGUUACAAUGCGGCUGACCUGCAGCACAAAGUGUAUAUCGAUGAUUGCUCCUUCAGCAAUAACAAAGCUGCAGCCGUGGCAAAGAUUGCGGCCGGAGGCUGUAUAGCAGCGUCGUCCACGCAAGAGAAAACAGCAGUCGUGAACAUCAUAGAGUUGCCUCAGGUGAGGAUAAGGAACAGCAAAAUGCUCAAUAGCACGGCCCAGUUUGGAUCGACGAUCUAUGCAAGUCACGUUCACUUCGAUGUGGCUAACAUGCUAGUGCAAUGGUCCACGGGCGACUCUGCUGUUGCCAUGUCGGGGUCAUGUAUGACAGUCGGAGAAAACAUCACGUUUCUGGAGAACCAGGCAACGAACAAGGGUGGUGGCAUCGCGCUUCACGAAGAAAGUUUGCUUUUUAUUGGAGAGAACUCUAGUAUGUACUUCUUCAACAAUAGUGCAGCGGGGUAUGGUGGUGCCAUAUAUGCUGAUGAGUCAUCCUCGACUGUGAGUAUUGAUGAACUACUGGAGUUCAAGUCCACUGUCGGCCUGCGAAAGCUGUGCUUCAUCCACGCCGACAGCAAUUCCUCGGUUUCCUUCACCAAACCUUCGGCACAGAGCGAUAACACCACCUUCACGUUUGCAGGCAAUCGUGCCGCAUUUGGCCAGUCACUGUAUGCCAACAGCUACACCGCUUGCAUACGAGAUCAACCGGAGCUCGUCACUGCCAUAAAGGAUGCGGCUGACAGCAUUUCGAAACCGUCCGAGGUGAUGUCGGGUGCGGUGUGGCUCUACUUUGUUGCGGCCGGGUGCGGCUGUGUCAAGCCGAACCCGUUCAACACAUCGCAGUACUGGGUGUAUCUUCGUACCUGCAAGAGCUCGACGAUUUACAACGACUCCCGCAUAAGUAGCAUGUACAUCCAGGAAGGCUACCCGGAACUGUACGGGACAUACGUCAAUACCAUGAAAGCGUACUUUGAAUCCGCCCAGGAGUUGAGUGGCCUUGACCAAGCUCUUGCCAGUAAUGUCUUCAUCACACCGUGGGCCAUAACAACUUAUGAAUGGUUUUUCCCCAGAAAAUACGGUGCACAGGCAACUUUGGAGGACAGCACACCGACGUCUGAAUCGUUGCAAACAUACGUCAGUGAGAUUUCUCUCUACCCAGCCCCCGGCGAGAUGUUCCCUCUGAGCCUCAAAGCUGCCGAUGUCUUCCUUCAGGAGAAGCGUGUCCUGGUUCGUUUAGAGGUGGAUACUGGGCCAGUCUUGCUCAUAGGAAACGGUCGAAUCAAUGAGCAAACAGAAGUCCUCAUGUACUGCUCCAUGACUCCCAUCAUCAUUGGGCUGGCUGGCAAACCUGGGCAAACGGGCACGUUGAAAGCCACCGUCGAAGGACAGAUCACAGCAGCGUCGCUGAUGCUGAUCAUCCCGUUCCGCCUGCGGCCAUGCCAUUUCGGCUUCACUCAGCCGUAUUUCAUGACACACAGCACAGAAAAGGAGAUGGACGACUACGUUCGCUCCUUCACUGGGGUGUAUCAAAAGCUUGUCGAGCCGGGAUCGACUGCCAACAACCUCAUCUGCCAAUGUCCAUCUGAAAGUAAAGGCGUAAAAUCCUGCUCCAAUGGCACGGACAUCACUGUGGACUGGGCUUACUGGGCCGGAGAUAGCAACGCCACAAAAUUCUACCGGGCUCCAGAGAAGCAAUUCAUCACGGACUUGCAGGCUUUUGAGGACACGGAGAGAAGCAAAAAGCUGCUAAUAGCUCCAUGCUGCUGUGGAUUCUGCACUGACCAUAAGCAACAGCCAUGGCAAAUCAUGAAGGACACUCCAUGCAAAGAUAGUCGCAAGGGACCUAUCUGUGGCCAAUGCUCCGGAAACAAUGCCUUCUCUCUAGGAUGGAGUGUGGUUUGCAUGGAGUGCGAAGGAGCAGCCAAGAUUUUGGGAAGACUGCAUCCGUUUCUGAUCUUCCUGAUAACCGGUGCCUAUCUCUUGGUGUUCUCCUAUUUUGAUAUGGGCACGUCAGCUGUGUUUGAGUCCUGGGUCAGUUAUGAGCAGUUCCUGCUGUUCAUUGUCAGACGUGAUCUACAUCUCUUCAGCAUAACUAAAAUUGACAUUGGUAGCUGCUUGAACAGCCAAGCAACUGUCAUGGCCGGCAUCUCGUUUCAAUACUUUGAUUUUGUCAUGUUCCUCGUCUGGGUCGCACUGGUCUACUACGCGAGCAAGCUGGUUGUGGUGCGCCGCUUCAUCAUCGACAACUCACUCGUGAUCGGUCUCUGGGCUCUGCUGAGCUUCACGUAUGUGUCGUUGCUCUAUCCAUCGUUCACCUUACUGGCCUGCCAUGAAUUUAACGGAGAUUAUGUGCUGUAUUCGGACGCAUCCGUAAAAUGCUUUGGCCACGAGCAUUGGCCGUGGGGCUUGAUGGCGUUAUGUGCUCUAGUGUUCAUUGCCAUGCCUUUGCCGUUGUUGCUGCUGACAAUGCGCUCAAACCCACGCAUCAAGCCGCUGUUUGACGUCUACUUGAGCUACGUCAAGGAUGACAAGACCUGGUACAUAGCGUAUGGCCUGGGCCGGCGCAUUCUGCUCUGUCUCGUCUCGGUGAACCUGGCCGAAGCCAACACGCGCCAAGCGGCCCUUGCCCUGAUCAUGCAAGUGUAUCUCUUCGCUCAUUUCCUGAUAAUGCCGUACCGUAAGCUCAAGGACAACGUGUGGGAAGCAGUCUUCCUCAGCUGUGCAUGCAUCUUUGCCAUGCUCAAUGUCAUCAGUGUGCUGGACGAUAACAUUGUUCAGCAGUUAAUGAUGGCAACGUACGUCAUUCCCGCUGCCAGCGCUUUGCUGAGCGGAAUUAUCAAGAAAUGGAGAAAGUUUGUGACAUUGGUUGAAUUCCUGAUCACACUACUGAUAUCACCAUUCAUUAUCACAUACUGCUAUGUCAAGGGCUAUAAGCUCAGGAGGUUCCGCUUCGAGGAUCUAAAACCGGUCAAAGGCGAGAACAGCGAUAACGAAGAGCCUAUGCUGCCCAGCGAAAAGGAAAGAAACAAAGAAGUGGAGAGGGCAAAAGAACACUAUGACCUCAGAGACGAAUUUCUCCUGGAUAUUUUCCGCAACAACUGAACUUCGAAUGGCAAUCUACCAUGUAAUGGCUUUUAUUGGAGUUUUCCCCCCUCAUAAUUAUAUUAUAAUAGCUAUUGAAGUAGUAUUCUAGAAUCACUUGAGCUACAAAUAGAACUAGGUACUAUUCACUCAUUUGUUUGUUGACUGAUAUGAUAUCCUUCUUGAAGUACAGAUUGUAUUUCCUACAGACUAUAGACUAUAGACUAUAGUGUUUGUCUGUGAUUUUGAGCAUUUUAGAUUUUUAGUUCUAUGCCCAAUACUACAUGCACUGUAUGCAAGUGCCGGGGGUAUCAAGAGACUCGGCACGCCGUACAUAGACGAAGUGUAUACUUGUACUUGGUUACGGCGUACAUCUACAUCCAGUGUACACGA